CGGCGGGAGGGGGAAGCUUGCUGGUAAACAAGAAACAGCACGCGGACUCCGGAGUGAAGAAAGUCAAGCACGCACCCCACAGUACUCCUCACUACUACCGCUGUUACUACUACUACUACGCAAUGGAGGGGGAUGCGGCCUCCUCGCACAAUCCCUUCACGGGGAAUCAGACACUUGACGAGUUCAUAAAGCAAAUUAUGACUACAGUUCGAGGGUGCCAGAAGUCUUGUGCCGAGCUGCAGGGCUGGCACCACUACAGGGACUAUGAGGGUGUGCAGCGGACUAUGGAAAGGGUCAACUCCACCAUCACCAACCUAAUGAAGGACAUAUUUGAUCACCAGGACAUCAAGCUUCACCUGGCUCGUCACAAGCUGUCAGACCAAAUGGAUAUGAUGAGGGAAGGGAAUGAUGCCCUACUAGAAAGAAUUAAUUCAGAUAUUGAUGAAGCAUCUGGGCUGAAGAAAAAUGCCAAUGCUGAGCUGCUGGACCCAGUGAUUAAAAAAGUUCAGGGUCCUUCCUCCCUCCAAAUAGGUGGGAAAAAUGUUGUGUUGCUGGCUUCCCGUAAUGUGCAGAAGCCUCAGCUCUUCUUUAGUGAAAAGGUUCAGAACUCAGCCAAAGAACCAUUCAUACCAAUCCUUAAAGAGAAGCCGAACUCCCUUAAGCCACUCUCCAUUCUCCUUUGUCUGGAUGCCUACGGUAGAGAGUACUACAAUCAUCCUUAUGAGUAUGAGCUUCAGUACUGGGUGCCGGCAGCCUCUCAGCUCACCCCAGUGGAACCCCAGUCUCCCAAAGCACUUGAUGAAACACCCCUCACCAUGGUAAACACAGAGGAGGAGCUUGCUGCCAUGGUGGCCAAACUGAAAGCCUGCUCAGAGUUUGCUGUUGACCUGGAGCACCAUGCAUUUCGCUCUUACCUGGGACUGACCUGCCUCAUACAAAUAUCAACACGAGAUGAAGACUUUAUCGUUGAUCCGCUGGCUCUGCGUGGCAAGCUGACCAUCCUCAAUGAAGUUUUUACUGACCCUAAAAUAACAAAGGUUAUUCACGGGGCAGACUAUGACAUCCUUUGGCUGCAACGUGAUUGUGGCGUGUAUGUGGUGAACCUGUUUGACACUCACCAGGCGGCCGUGGUGCUGGAGUACCCAAGCCGCUCCCUGGCUGCCCUCCUCCUCCACUUCUGCCAAAUACAGGCCAACAAGGUGUUCCAGAGGGCAGACUGGAGGAUCAGGCCACUCACCCAGGAAUUUGUGGACUAUGCCAGGCAGGACUCACAUUACCUCUUGUACAUUUAUGACCUGAUGCGAAAUGAACUCAUUGAGAAGGGGAACCAACUCAACAACUUAAUUACAGCUGUGUACCAGCGUUCUGUGGAUCUGUGUUUGAAGAUAUAUAAGAAGCCAUGGGUGGGAUCAGACAGCCACAUGAACCUUUAUCGCCACAGCCGAAAGACCUUCAACUCCAGGCAGAUGUUUGCUCUGCGAGAAGUCUUCCUUUGGAGGGACAAAGUGGCACGGGAACAAGAUGAAAGUCCCGAGUAUGUCCUCCCCAAACACAUGCUGCUGCAGAUUGCUGAAGUUUUGCCCAAGGAAAUGCAGGGAAUUUUGGCUUGUUGCAAUCCCAUUCCACCUUUGGUCAAAACUGAACUUCUCACACUCCACACAAUCAUCAGGGAGGCCAGAGAACAGCCACUGAUUGAUAUCAAAGACACUCCUGUAGUGCAGCCAAUGGCAGCACAGGCCCCUGAACCUGAUGAACUCUCACAUAGUCUGAACUGCAAACAUGACCUCUCCCAGUGUGAUGAAAAUCCUACUGACCUGCCCACUCUGCUCAACCCUCGGGAGACACUACUGGGGAACCUUUUCACAGAACCUGAGACAUCCAUCAUAUUUAAGAAAAAGUCAGACAUGUUUGGAGAGCUUAAAUGUACAAAAGUGCAUACUGACAGUGUGGCAGAUAUAAAGGACAUUAUGCAGUUCAUGAGUCCUUAUGAGAGGUACAGUGCCUACAUUGAGAUGAGGCCAUUCCUGGAGGGCGGCAAGAGGAAAAGAGAGACAGAGGCAGAUGACCUUGAGCGAGUCAGCAGGGUAAGAGAUCACUUUCUGUGUCUCUCCAAGAACACUGUUCAUGUACCAGAGGAGAUUGGAAGAGUGGCAGCCAAUCACCAGGUAGAGGUAGAGGCUCCAGUCACGGUGGAUGGAUUGGUAAUUGACCAGGCAGAGAAAGAGGCAGAGGAUAAGAAGCAAUUGUCUGAAGAAGUGGAAGAAAAACUUCAUACCAAUACUGCAAAGAAAACUAACAAAGCAGAGAAGGUCAAAAAGAUCAAGAAACAUUCUCAAUUCAAACCCAUGGUGCUUGAGAAGAAGAUCAAAGGAAAGAAAGCAAAGAACAAAGCGCUGAAAAGGAAAUCCUGUGAAGAUGGCGAGACACCUCACAAAAUGCAGAGAACCAAUGCAGGACCUAAUGCUGUUGUUGGGGAGGCACAGGAAGAAACUCCAGACAACUCUGAACAUGUUGAGGGCAAUACUGGCCAAGAGACUGCAACUGCAGCCUUUGAUUAUGAAGCUGCUGACUAUUCCAUGUUCCAGAAGGCUAAAAAUAAAGCAAUGAAGUCACAAAAAGUCAGAGAGAAAUUCAAAGGAAAGAAUCACAAAAACAAAAAAGGAAAGAGCAGCAUGAAGUCAUUCACAUGGGGUGCUCAGAAGGGGAAGUGGUAGAUCUUAAGUCUGACUGCAUCCACUGAUGUACUGCUCAAGACUUGAAUUGGCUUGGUGCCACAGCAAUUCCACCAUGUUAACUUAAGUCUUUCAUGUUGUUACUUGUAUUAUUUGUAUAUGUAUAAUAAACUGAAAGUAUUUGCAAU